AUGCCAGAUAUUCAGUAUUUAUCCACCCAAGUAUUAUGUAAAGAUGAUAAUUAUAUGGCAGCAAUAUUUCACGCUCAACUAGUACAAUUUUCUCUCACACAUUUAAAAUUAAUAAUCACUUCUAGCUAUGAAACAUUUGGUCUGAUUUCAUUUUUAUUUAAGUAUCUAUCAAAACUUCAAUAUUUAACAUUUGAAUGUACAGGAAAUGCUGAAUUCCUUGAUGGUUAUUAUUGGCAACAGAAAGCUUUUGAAAUAAAUUCGACAAUAGAACUAAGCGAACAUGAACGUGAUGUACACGACAAUUAUUGGAAUGUUACGGAAAUAUGUGUCCAAAUAAAAGAUAUCGAUAAUGAUGGCGAUAAAGGUUGUCAUCAACAGCAGCAGCGAUAUAAAAAUGUUGUCCAGUUAUGUUUAGACGGAAAUUGUUCAUCUCUGGCACAUUUGGUUUAUUUGGAUAAUCUGAUAUGGCCUAAUUUAAAGAAAUUAACGUUUGAUGCUAUAAUUCCAUCACAAAUACUAUUAGAAACUGUAAAAUGUAUAAUGAAUAUGCCAAGUGCUUGGAACAACUUCGGAUACCUGCAUAUAUUUCGGAAGUACUUACCAGGUUACCUGCCAGAUACUUGA